UAGUUGGAAAUCCCAACUGCCCAUCCCUUAGAUCUUCUAAGCAUUGUUCUGUACUUGGUGGCAGCUGAUUGGCUAGAGGACUGGAGAAAGGGGACAGUUAAGUGGACUGCUAAACCAGCCAACUGUAAAAACACAGCUUCUGAUUUGGAGAUCUUCUUUUUCAGUCUAUAUAUGGAAGAAAACUUGGGGAAAAUAUAAAAAAGAAAAGUCACUCUCUCAUUCAGAGAUGGACUCACCACUUACAUAUGGUACUAUUUUACUUUUGAGCAUCUUUGAAUUUUCAUCAGGAAUAAUAUUUAGUAGAGGUUAUAUGGAGAAACGCUUUGCUUGUGCUAGCCAAGGAUUUCCCAGGAGGAAUAAAAUGAUCAAGUUGUAUCUUACCUCAGAACACUUGAAAGUCCGGUGUUUUUUCCAAACUGAAAAUGAACUCACUUCAAAAGGAAUGCGAAGUCUAUUCACAUCAGGAGGACUUGCUCCCAGCUUGGGAAUCACAAAUAGUACAUAUAAUGGCAUCUUCCCAUUUAAUUUAACUUUGUUCAGUAAUAAGAUUGUCUGGAUGAUUGAAAUUCCUAGAGAAAACAUCACACAAAACACAGAUAUUGCAGCUGUAGAAGAAUGGUUGGUAAGGGUCACUUUACAUCAUGGAUUAAAUAUUUAUGCUACUGAAGGAACCCUACUGGAUACCGUGCGAGAACCUAUUCUUCAGUGGGAUCUUGGAGAUGUAAUAACAAAAAACGAAAUCUUGCCAUUACAUCCACAUGUGGUAGAUCUCAAAGUGACAAAAUGUCCCUGUGCCAAUGAUGUAGCAUUGGUCGCCUUCAUUUUGGAUACGAGCGAGGAAGUAGGUGUAUACAUAGGCCUAACCAAUUCUGGAUUUUGGGAUUAUGAUAGUACCAAAUGGUAUGACAUGACAGAAACGAUCUAUCUUGAACUUCAAGAAGAACACACAGAGCUUUCAGUGAUGGAUCUAGUUUUAACCAAUCAUUUUUUAGUUAUCCUCACCUCUUUGGGUCUUUUUGUAAGUGAAGAUCUUCGUUAUCCAUCAGGUCAAUUCCUAAAGCUUUCAAGGGCAGACUUUUGUGGUUUUGAAAGGGUUGACUACAUCAAAGGAAAAUUAUGGUAUAAAGAAAGGUGUUUCGCUAACAAAGAACACUUUGAAGUUGACUAUGUUACUAUCACCUUUGACAGAAACAGGACCCUAAGUGAGGCAAGCUCUUGCUUUUAUAGUAGAGAACCAUUUCUUGAAUGGUUACCUUGCAUACCUUACAGUUUCAGGGGAGUGAAGUAUGGUCCUCCAAGUGUGAUAACAUUUCUUAUUGACCAAGAAAAAAAUACUGGAAUCUACCUCUUCUAUCAGAAGCUCCAGAAACAUGCCUCUGUCUCUGUGGUCAGCCUAGAAGAUAACCUCCCAAGUGUACUAUUAAAAUUUCCAGCCUUUGAGUUUCCUAACUCAUUUGUUCCCACUGGAAUGGCAUUUCAUCCACGAAGCCACCUUCUGUAUGUGUACGGCAAUCAGGUCUGGCUUUCAGUUGAUGAUGGCAAUACUUUUCAAUUAAUAGCUGACCUUCAUGAUACCAUAAAGAAGAUUUCUCAUAGUUUCUAUACCUCGGAGAUUAUUUUUGUUACCCAAAGUGGAAAGGCUUACGUGACCAAGGCAGGAUUAGAAAGAUACAGUGAAACUGGAUAUGUUGCUGAAUCAGUUUUCACAAUAUACUAUGAUCACUUGGGAUAUAUACAUAAACUGACUCCACGUCAUUUUGAAGCUGAUGGAUUAUUUGAAAAUGAUGGAAAUCCUAGAAGUAUUUUUGGAAAGGUUCCUGACAUGGGUUUUGAAACUGCACUUGCUCCACAGCACCUCUCCUUACAUGAAAUGAUCAUUUUUGCUUAUGUGUCUGAAAAUGAACCUGAAAGUACUGCAUAUACCAAGCAAUUCAACCACAUGCACCGUGGGAAAGUGUUACACUCCGGGAAAACUGGAAUCGCUUACAUAAAAGCUAUAUCGUACCACCAGACUCCAAAAGGAUUUUUAUCCUCAGUUACCGCAGAAAUGAUAGACCCUUUCGCAAUAGAAGACGCAAAUGAGAGCUCUUGUUUAUCCAGUUCCCUUUCCAUUUAUUCCGAAACAAGCUUCCAUUAUAAACUGACUAUCAAUUCAACAGAUGCUAAAUCCUCAUUUCAAGAGACAGACAUAGAAAAGACUGUGGUGAUUCCUGGUCACAGCAGCUUCUUGAUCCUAAGAAUUGUAGAUGCUAAGAAUGCUUUGGCUAUUGCCACCAUGCCUAGAAUAGUACCCAUUAAUAUGACCUUUACGGAGGGCUCCUGGUUCUUAUACAACUUUGGGCAAAGGAAUGGUCGAACGUGGACUAUCCAUGCAAAACCAUGCAACUAUUUGUUGCAACAUAGUGAUGAACAUCCAGCCCUCAAUAUGGUAAAAUACAUUGAUCUGGGGAACUCUCAAGAUUUAAAAAUUAAGGUUAUACCUAAUUCAGAGGGUAUGCAUUUAUCUGAGGUACCACUACUGAACGUGGCCGUGGGAAACCCGACUUUAUUGGAAGUUAAAGCUGAAGGUUAUUUCGAUGAUGCAGAUAGUUAUGUCAUGGAAAUUAAUAUCGCUAGCAAAGUUUUACUUCAAGGUUCAUCUUCACUGUCGUUUGUUAUCUGGGGAGCAUCAGUGGAGUGCUUUGUCACCACAGUUGUGCCAACGCUGAAAAGCAGCUGUGACUAUCUCAGGUCUAUGCAUCACACCCCUAACACAAUUAUCUCACGUGAAGACUGGGCUCGUGGAGUGCACAGAGACAAUCAGGGUUUUAACAUGAUCAAAGCUUUACCGAUAAACUACAGGCCCCCAUCUAAUAUGGGAAUUGCUAUUCCACUUACAGAUAAUUUUUAUCAUGCAGAUCCUAGCAAACCUAUACCAAGGAAUCUGUAUCAUAAAUCCAAGACAGCGGGUAAAUAUAAGCAGUGUGCUAAUGCUUCCCGUCGAGCGGAGUGUAAUUGCACAGAGGAUCAGAAAUUUUCAUAUGCCGUUGCAUUCUCAGAUUGCAGAGAAAAAGUUCCUCGUUACAAGUUUCCAGUCACACAAUAUCCGAUUUCUUUGGAGAUCAAGACUGAAGAUGGAUACAUCUCAGUGAAGUCUCCCUAUCUGGUGACUGUUACCGAAGUAAACAUGAGGAAAAACUGGAAGCUAAAACACAGUGUACCGGAAAAUGUUAGAAAAAUGAAAAAUUAUUUAGAGCCAAUUCUUCAAGCUUCAGUGUAUAACCCGUCAGGUCUCAACUUAAGUAUAAAAGGCUCUGAGCUUUUUCACUUUCGAGUAUCCGUUGUUCCAGGGGUCACUUUCUGUAACCUAGUUGAAGAAUUUCAGAUUUAUGUCGAUGAAGCACCACUGCCAUUUCCAGGACACACACUUAUUGCCCUUGCAGCAGCCGUGAUGCUGGGGGGACUAAUUUUUACAGCCUUUAUGUUUCAACUGCGUAACAUUCACCCAUGGACAGCAUUCCAAAACUGGCUCAGAAGAAACAAAUGGACUUUUUCAAAUAUAAGCUUCACUUAGCUGGCUCUCAGAUGAAGGUCUGCAUACUGAAAAAAUGAUAACUCUAUUUUUUCUUUUAUUUUCUAGUUUAUUAAAUAGUUCCUAGAAUAUCAAUAUUUAAACAUUAUACAAACUAAAUAAAAUACUAAAGAAUG